AUGAUCCCAACCAUCCUGGAGAACCUGGUGGUGGGAACAGUAAGUAUUUCCAAGGCAAGAUGUGCCAUGCAAAUGUUUUUCUUCCUUUUCUUCGGGGUUGCAGAAUGUUUCCUCUUGGCUGCCAUGUCCCUCGAUCGUUAUUUCGCAGUUUGCCACCCCUUGCACUACACAAUUAUCAUGAGCAGCAGGGUCUGCAGGGGCCUGGUUGCUGGCUGUUACAUUUGUGGGGCUGCUGUGGGUUUAAUUCACACCCUGAUAACCUUCAGCUCACCCUUGUGUGGCUCUGCCAUCGACCACUUCUUCUGUGAGAUCCAGCCCCUGCUGGACCUGCUCUGUGGCAACACCUUGCCAAGAGAGCUCCAGGUCAUUCUGGUGGCUGUCUUUGCUAUUCUCAGCCCUUUCUUACUCAUCAUUUAUUCUUAUAUUCAUAUCAUUUCCACCAUUCUUCACAUGGCAUCGGCUGAGAGCCAGCAGAAAGCGUUUUCCACUUGCUCCUCACACCUCUUGGUUGUGACUCUGUUUUAUGGCACUGCAGGCUCCACAUACCUGAGGCCAAAAUCCACCUACUGUGCAGCUGUGGAUAAAUUCCUCUCACUCUCUUAUUCUGUGCUGACUCCUCUGUUGAAUCCCAUCAUUUACAGCUUGAGGAAUAAGGAGGUGAAAAGAGCCCUGAAGAAAAAAUGGAGAAAAAUUAAUUUAGCGUGGAAGUGA